AUGCCAGUUCCAAAUUUGGCAGGUUUAUUGCCGUUUUUGGGUCUAUUUACCGUGGUGCAUGGCCUUCUUCUGGAGCCAGCUACGCUCCCGCAAAACCUACUGCCAAGCUAUGACUACAUCAUUGUAGGAGCCGGACCGGCAGGUCUUGUCCUUGCGAAUCGAUUGACCGAGGAUGCCAAUGUACAUGUGCUCGUUCUGGAAGCUGGCCGCAUGGACUCAAGAGAAGAGGGAGUGACUUUUCCUUCACACAUAGGCGCUGAAGUAGGUUCGCAAUAUGAUUGGAACCUGACGACUGUCGCCCAAUCCUCUUUAGACAACCAGCCAAGACCCCUAAGUCAAGGUCAUGUCGUCGGCGGUGGCACUAUUCUUAACGGCAUGAUCUGGACACGUGGGACUCAAGCAGAUUACGACGCAUGGCGUGACCUGGGCAAUGAUGAUUGGGGCUGGAGCGAUAUGCUCCCGUAUUUCCAGAGAGUCGAGACAUUUACGGACAAUCUCCCCGGAACUACUGGGCGCCAGAUGAUUAUGUCACCAGAUACCUCGCUCUAUGGUACUAAUGGACCGGUCCAAAUAGCGUACCCUGAUUACUUCUACAGCCAGUUCAAUAAUUUCGUCCAAGGAAACGUUGAGCUUGGUCUGGAUCUAGUGAAUGAUACCUCAGGAGGUAUUAACGUUGGUGUCACACUUCCACCCGCGAGCAUCUCGGCCACGAACCAGUCUCGCUGUGACGCCCGUGCUGCUUACCUGGAUAGUGCCAUCAGCCGCACAAACCUCCACCUUGCCAUCGAGCAAAGAGUGACCCGCUUAAUCUUCGACCAGGGCGAUGGAUCAGCAGACCCCCUUGUGGAGGGUGUUCAAUUCGUCAAUGCCAUCGACCAAGCUACCACCCUGAAUGCAACUGCCACACGAGAAGUUAUCCUGGCUGCUGGCGCUAUUUGGAGCCCUGCGCUACUACAGGUUUCCGGCAUUGGGCCUUCUUCGGUGCUUCAAAGCCUAGGCAUCACUCCAAUUGUUGAUCUGCCUGGUGUGGGCAACAAUCUCCAUGAUCAUGGCAUGGUUGACCCUUCCUAUCAAUACACCAAUGCCAAUCUAUUCACCGCCAGCGACCUGACGGGAGACGCACUGCAGACUGCGUAUGAUGAAUACUAUAGCAACAGAACGGGUCCUCUCACGGCGACCCUCAUCGAGUCUAUCGCCUAUCUCUCUCUCUCCUCGCUUACGGACUCGUGGCAAGCAACUGUGAACGACCUCAAUAAUGCCGACCCGAACACCUAUCUCCCAGAAGAUUACACAGAGGAGCUGCGCAGGGGUUACGCAGCGCAAUAUGCACUCCUAACGCAGUCCCUCGGACAGUCUAACGAGGGAGCCAUUGAGAUCAUGGCAAACUCUAUUGGUACACUCCAGGUCGCAUCCCAGCGGCCGUUCUCGCGCGGUUACGUCCGCCCUACUUCUUCCGAUAUCCUAGCUGGAGUUCAGAUCGACCCUCGGUUCGGUGCACACCCCUUCGAUCGCGAUGUCAUGGUGAUGGGCCUGGAGUGGAAUGCCCGGCUCGUCCAGACCGCCGCAAUGCAGCAGCUGUCGCCAAGCCCAGAAGCCAGCCUCACUUCCGGUACCCAGGCACAACUGCAGCAAUUUGUCAACGCCGGCCUUGGCACAGAGUUCCACCCCUGCGGCACAGCGGCCAUGAUGCCACGGGAGAACGGUGGUGUGGUGGAUACGAAUCUUAAGGUCUAUGGAGUGCAGAAUCUCCGCGUGGUCAACUCGGCUAUCAUUCCCCUGAUCCCCUCCGCGCAUAUCCAGGCUGUAGUGUAUGCGCUAGCAGAAAAGGGCGCCGAUAUCAUUCGUGCCGCGCAGACUGCCGACGAUAACUCGCCUUCAACGGAGAGCCCUGCUUCCAGUGCUGCAUCUACAGCGGCCAGCACUCUCCCGCCCACUCCUAGCCCUGCACCUACCGCAGUAAACUCUGCUGAGGCCCUCGGCGGCUCGUCGGAGUCGAAUGGCCUAGUUCAUGACGUCCUUGGAGCUGCUCAUAACCUCGUGAAGGGUGUGAUCAGUGGUCAAAAAAUCGAAAAGAACCUCUGA